CCACGAUAGAACGCAGCAGAAACACGGAGAGGGCUCUCAAUGUCAUGGUUACGAACAAUGCCUUCAAGCUGCGGCGGGCGUCUUUGCUCUUCACCCUACUAGGCUCUACUUCAAAAUUCGCAUCGUCGUUUAGCGUUACCAUCAAACAGGUCUCCACCAUAGGUAUGAGCAGCACUACGACAACCGCAGCAUCCAUAGACCCUGCCACGUUGCAGCCGCAGCAAUCCGAAGCCGUGUGUUUUUCCCACAUUCAUCUUUACGUCGAUCGCUUGGAAAACGUCAACGUGUAUAAAGACUUGGAAGAUCGGUUGAACCAGUUUGCGGGUAAAGUCGCCUCGUCUGCGGUCACGCCAUCGCUGGCGGAAAAGCAAGCGAUUUGGAAAUCAAUUUCGGGAAACGCAGAUUCUUCAAACGAGAAUGAUAACACAGUUUAUCAGCCGCAGAACAGAGAUGUCGUGAAACAGCUUCUGGCAGGUUUCGGGUUCCGUGUUACCGGAACCUGCUAUCCUGAGGAAGGUUCCAGCAACACACGAUCCGUGCUGGUUACUUCGAGGGACCCCCGGGGCGUGCAGAUUUUGAUUUCGGCCGUCGAUCACGACACUUCCGAGGCCACCCCACAUAGAUAUCCGUACUUUGAUGCUAAAAAAAUCAACAACUUUUACGCCGCUCAUGCCAGGCGUCAAGGGAUUGGUGCAUUGGCCUUCCGUGCUCCGAACGUUAGUUCUAUUUUCGAACGGUAUCAAUCACUGCACCCCACGCUGGUGGCUGGGUACCAUGAAUUCGACGAAGCGAAAAUUUUGGAGGUGUUUGCCUAUUACAAGUCGCAUGAGCUGGAUAGUCUGACGAAGGAACCGGAUACCGGUACUGUCCUGAGGUUUGUACAAACCUCAGCUUCAACCAGCGUUUGUCCAUUGCCGGGACUGAAGACCUUGGAUGCAACUUUUGAGGAUUCAAGUCUGGCUGCUUACUGCGAUCAUUGGGUUUCGAACGUGUUCGACCGCACCGAAUUUUUGGACACGUUGCAAGACACCUUGGGGUUCACUCCUAAGGUGGACUUUAAUGCCGGUGUCGUAGCUGCAGGUGAAGCACAAAUAGAGAGUACCGUGACAGGAAACGAGUUUCCGAUAGUUCCGAGUAAUAAGGCGGCAGCUUUGAGCGAUCAAAGUCAGGUUUACCUUCCCAUCAACAAUGCUCUCUCUUCUGUAGGGCACGUCCACGGUUUUCUUCAGGAACUCGGGCAAGGAGUUCAGCACGUUGCGUCUCGAGUGGAAGACUUGGUAGAAUUUGUACAAAGAGCCAACGACUACCGAUGCUAUACGAAUGAGGGUUUUACAUUUCUACGGAUUCCGAGAAGCUACUAUGGUAUUUUAACCGUUGCUCAACUUACUGAAGGAAUUGACGGAGAUGAGUCAGGAGUUGGACAAAGUUGCGCGGAGAAGAUUUUUGCAGCUCUAAAAGCUGCCUCCUUUAUGACUCCGGAUGGCGCUUUGAAUCUUGAAUGCGAAAAGGAAGAUAUUGCUCGCAUUCUGAAGCACAGUCUGACAGACUCAGUGUUGUCUGAGUAUCAUACUAUGCAGGAUACUGUUCUCGCCGUGAUCUUGCGAUCUCGCUAUCGGAAUGUGUAUAGUCUCUUACGAGACCAAGUUUCUGAAACAACCUACCUUGGUAUCGUUCGGAACCAGAUUUUGGUGGAUGUACAAGGAGAAGACCUCCUUUACCAGAUUUUUACCUCAAACGUGUUGCAACGUGAAGCUGGACAGGAGGCCCCUUUCUUCGAGUUUAUCCAGCGUGUAUGCUCCAAAUCUACCGACAAGCAUGGAGAUCCCGUGAAGAUUAGACCAGGCUGUGGGGGCUUCGGUAUACGGAACUUCCUGACUCUUUUUCUGAGUAUUGAAGUGAGUAAGGCUAUGAAUGAUGUUGCUGAUGCCGUGGCCACUGGAAACACCAAACGCGAAGCUUAUGCCAGGGCAAUGGUCGAGUCUUUCACAGACCAGCUGAACGAAGCGAAUCCUAUACUUACCUUCAUCUCAGAUGCAAUGACAGAAGAAGGGCUAUGUAAAGAGAAAUUGUUGGACGCUAUCGCGGAAAACAAUUCGAGGCAAGCAAAAAAAUGGACGACUCAAAUGGAAUUAGUUGCGGAGCGGAAAAAGAAAGGAAAUGAAAUGUUAAUGGAAUGCAGCGCGCGCUACAACUCAUUAAUGAGAUCGUUGCGGGAGGCGCAUAUUAACGAACGAUAAAAUAUAGAAUUUACAUUGCUACACC